AUGUCUGAAAACGAGCUGAUUCAAAAAUAUUAUCACGGUUCAUACAAAACAAAUUCGCAUGGUUCUGUCAUAUGUCCGCUCUACAAUGAAAAGAAAAAUGAAGAUGAUCAGAUCUGCAAAUUUUUCGUUGAAAAUGACGGUGAUAGUCUCACUCCCGAACAAUUCGAGUAUUUAUGGACACAUGUGAAAUCACGUCAUGAAGACACGUAUAGAGACAUUUUGAAAAUGUGUCGAUCAAAGAUUGUCGAUGUCUCCAAGACGAAUCAGUAUGACAAUCUUAUGGAUACAAUUACAUUGUCGUCAUCGAAUUUGAACAAACCCAGUACCGUCUCGCGACAUACUGUCCAAUCUUAA